AUGGCUCCAACCUCUCGCAUCUCGCAGUUCCCCCAUGUCGCUGGAGCACCCUGUCCGUUCACAGCCACCACUUCAGGCCGUUCAACGCCACCACCCGAAGCGGUUCACCGUAGCAGAACCCUGGAUCCCGCUGCCACUAUGUCUCUCUCCUGCUGCAGCAUGGCUCAGCUAUUGUACUUGGUGGAGGGCAGAGCUUUUCCUCUCUGGAAUGCAAGUGUUCAUGAGAUAGGAGCAGAGAAGGAAGAUGGAAUCUGUUGGCUACGGUGGAGGGUGCAGGAGGAAGAGGAGUGUGGACGGCCGCUCACCGCUGGCGCCGAACGGGCUUUGAGCCUUGCAUCGCCAACCGAAGUUCGAUCUGGCCCCUAUUGCAGUACGACGUGGGGGUCACCGAGGUUUCCUCCACUAGAGCCACUGCGGCCCACGGCAGCCCAUGGUGGUGGAGUUCGUCGCGUCCAUCAGUCCAACCCCAUGGCUUUAGUGCGUCCGAGUUUCGUCGCGGCCAUCAGUUCGAACACCUGCAUCACUACAUGUGUUGCAACCAUGGCCAUUCGUGUCACUGCAUGCUCCGUCACCGGCCUCCUGCGCACUGUGACCCCUGCCGCACUCCUUCCUCUCCCUAAAGCUGCUCGUGCCCACCCAGGCUUGAUAUCCUGCUGCAGUGAUGAGCUCCUGUACAUCGCCGAAGUUCCAUACCUGCUCAACGGCACCAGCACGACGAUGCAGCAGCUAGGCUGA